AAUAUCUACAAAAUUUAUUGUUAACAAUUAAUUUAUUUUUUUAUAUAUUUAUUUGAUAAUCCUAUAUUUGCUGAAGUUGUGCCUAUAUAAUUACAUAAUGUGUUAAAUAAUAAUAAAUUUAAAUUUUCAUAUACAAAUAAAAAUGUUUAGCAAAAUAAAGCAGUGUGUAUGUAAUUUACUUAUCAUAUACAUUAACAAAAUAUCAAUUUAAACAAAAUGUGCAUAAUUUGUUAAAAUGAAACAAAACUUAAUGUUUUUGAUAAUAAAAAUACAAAAGGUAAGUUAUAUAUAAAAUUAAAAAUAUGUGUGCUUGGUGCGGAUUAAACUCUAGUAUUAUAUUAUAUGAUCCAACGGGAGACAUGAUGCUAUGUUUUUUUUUGACUGAAAAUGAUGCUAUGUUUGAAAACUAAUGUGUUAUGAAAUUUAAUGUGUUUGUGUUUAUGAUUAUUUGAUUUGUGGUUAUUAUUUCAUAACUAUACAUACUUUCGUCGAAACUAUUCUACACAAAUUAUGAAAUAGUAUGGUGUUUUAAUACUUGUAUUUGAUAUUUUCAUCAAAUGUGAAUAAUUCUCUUAGUAUAUAUUGACAUUUAUGUACUAACGACGCCGUGUUUGAACAAUAAACACCUAACUCAUUAAUUUACCAAAUUUUGUUAUGGUCCUUAAAAUUACGCGUAAACUGUUUGAAAUUUCUAAAGUAUUAAAGAUUCGGUUUUCACUUGUAAAUUUGAAGUUAUACGUUAACUAGAGCAUUAGGUCUUUGAAAAUGAAAGAAUAUUCUCUUUUUUUUUUGUCAAACGAAAGAAUAUUCUCUAAAACAUUAUAAUCUUUAAUUUUCUCAAAAAGAAAAAAACAUUAUAAUCUUUAAUGCUACGUACUAGAGCUCAAUUUUAAUUUCGCGACAGAAAACUAUGAAAAAUAUAUAUAGGUUAUCAUUCAUUGAGAUGGUUGAGAUAUCACUGUUAGGUAUACUUAACUUUUUUCAAUAAAUUUUUUAUUUAUUUGAAAGCCCUCUAAAUAAGUGCGUAUUAGUUAAGAAUCUAAGGUGGCGUAGGCUUAAAGGAUAAUGACGCAAUUUCAAAAUAAGGAGACGAUGUGAUAUCAUUUUGAAGAGAACGUGUAGAAGUGUAUAUAGUAUUGGACCACUAGGGCACUUAUCUUGAAGAUUCGCGCUUUUCUUGACAUUUUUGGUGCUGUAAUUAUUGAUCUACAUGCAGAGCCGGUCCUGAGGAGAAGCAGACCAAGCAGGUGUUUUCGACUUCAAUAUUAUAACUAAAAUUUCGGCUAAAUUAGUAUCAUGUUAUCCUUAAGCGAGUUUGGUUCUGCAUGCUUUCUAAUAUGGAAGAGGUACGAGGUUCGAAGUCUCCUCUCCACUUUUACUUUAUUUGCUUGUUUUUUUUUUUAAUUUUAUAAAUUUAAUAGGCCCAAUUUUUUAUAGCUUGUGGCCUAUAUAUUAUCAGGAUCGGCACAGUCUACAUGUAACAGUACCACUGCUUCAUAUUGUCCCCUAUUUUCUUUGUGUUCUUUUAAAAACUGACAAACUGUUCCUGAAUUUAGUUCACAUUUUAUUUUAUGGUAUUGACUAGGUGACCGGUCUGCACCCUGCGCGGGCAUAAGAAAAUUCAAAAUAUGAAAUAAAUCUUAUAUAGUUUUAGAAGUAAUGGAUUUUAUAACAUAAUACCACCGUCUUUAUGAGAAUUCAUCAGCCAUGGAAAAAAGUUGGUACUCAAUAUUUGAGAUGGACGAGAGGGAACAAAGUAACUUCAGUAUGAAGAGGCAGAUAUUGUGUGUAUGUAUAAUUGCAAUGUCCCAAAAUAAUUUGUGUGUUUACGAAGAUACUUUCAUUCAAAAUAUGGAAUAAAUAGUGUAUAGUUUUAGAAGUAACAGAUUUUAUAUUAUCAUUAAUUAGAAUUGUAUUGAUAAUGUAUCGUAAUUCUUUAUUUUAGGUGAAUAAUAUUAUUUUUCCAUUAAUAAUAAAAAUCAAAAUCAAAAUAUUAUCCAUAAACAAUAUAAAUUAUGAAGUACAAUUCUCGAAAAAUAAAGCAAAAUCAAUUAUAAACCUGUUAAAAAUUAAAUAAAUUUUGUAAGCAAUUUGACGGGUUAAUAUUAUUUGAUAGAUUUUUAAGUUUCUAAAUAUAAGUUAACAUGAAAUAAUAUUAAAUUGACAUACAGUCAUCAAAAUAGUCAGAAAAAUGGAUGCUCCUGAAUAGAAUCGGUCCCCUAACUCAUCACUACCCAUCUGGCAAAUACAAAAAAUAAAUAAUUGUAAUAGUUUAUAUACUAAAAAAAUUGUAUUUGAAAAGAAAGUAGAUUAAAAUUACGUACCGUGACUACGGAAUAUUCUGAAAAACUUGUUUGUAGACAACAUUCAAUGUUUUUGUCUACGUUUUCCCUUCUUUACCAGUUAUUAGGAUUUUUAAUCAUGAUAUCGACUAGAUGUAGCAGUACCAACAAACCAUUGACUACUAUCGUAACUUCAGUAUGAAGAGGCAGAUAUUGUCUGUGUUUUCCCUUCUUUACCAGUUAUUAGGAUUACUUAUGGUUAGCCUCUCAUUAAGAACAAAAAACCUGGCAUAAAUAGAUGUAGCAGUACCAACAGACCAUUGGCUACUAUCGUUGUUUGUAAGAGCAAGUGAAUCAUUAGGGAGACUGCCAAAUCAAAUAAUCACACAUAAUUUAAAAACGUUUCAGUUAAAAAUGACGUUCACAAAAAAAAAAAGAUCUAGUUGUGGAACGUAAGAAGCUGGAGACGUACCUUGCUUUGAACUCCUCAGUAAAUUCAAGUGUUGGGUCGAGCAAAAUAUGGGUUGAAUUAUACCUGCUAGAUAUGGAGUAAGCACCUACAAAUUAUUUUGAUCUUAUUAAUAUGUUAUGCGAGUAAUAAUUUUACACAAAUAGAAACAACAUUAUAUACCUUUCCAUUCUUUAACAGAACAGAACCUGAUAACACAAAUAAUCAUCGUGGACAUGUUACUCAUACUGUAAUCGUAUACUUGUUUAGCAUAACAAUCCCACAGAGUACACAUCAUCUUCACAUUACUGUAUAAUAUAAACUUAAGUUAAAAUAUAGAUUAUAGAUGUUUAGCUAGCAAAUUAAGGAAAAGAUAAAGAACUUAAUCUUAUUUUGGGUCACGCAACUCAAUCAAGAGCCUCAUGUUAUCUUUUCCUUUUAUUAUUCUAUUUUUCAGAGACCCGAAGUUAACUAUUUGGCCAACCACAUCUACAUAACAAAAACAAGCGUCAAAUCAGGAACAAGUAUAACAAAAGUGACAGACUUUUUAACUGUGUAAGAAACUGACUCACCAACCAAAAAGCUAUGAUCAAGAUUUCCACCAAGAAUAUCGGAGAAGUCCGCAAAAUACUAUUCGGGAACCAUGCACUUGGAAAAUUAUCAGCUUUUCCAACAAAUAUUGUUUGAAAGAAGCCAAUUUUGUACGGAUGUCAAUAGCAUCAUACACUUUGAACAACUGGACGACAAUCGCAUCUUCCUCACGUAGCUUGUCAUCAAAUUUUUUGAUGAGUUGUUCACCAACUGAAGCAUGAAUUCUUGUCCCCUGAUUGUUCAUAUAAAAUUUAUGCGACAGUACUCUAUAAAUGAUAAGAGUUUUAUAAACGUAGAAUAAGUAUAUAUCUCGAAAUGAAUAAUAAACCAUGCCUCCAAAAAAAUGCAUUUGUGUGAUUUAUACUUACUUCUUUAUCAACAAAAACCAUUUCAAUGGUGUUUUCUGAUUCUUUGUUAUAGUUUCUCCACAAGCGAACAAUCCUAACUUCAAUACGCGAUGUAUCUUUAUGGGGUUUUAAUUCUCUAACAUAAGAAACAAUGUUUUUGGAGGCUCGCACCAUUGCUAUUGUUCUUGUAAGAGCAGAAUGUUUGCAUUUUAAGACCUUGGGUGUCUCCUAUAUAUAUAAAGGCGAUUUAUUUCUCAUAUUAAUGAUCCCUAAUAAAUAAUGAAAUCGUUUAAAGAAAGAUAUUAAAUAUGUAUUGUCAAAAAGUGAUUUGCAUAUGAUAUGAUUUUAACUUGCGCAAGUAAUGUAAUAAAUAUGAUAUCAACCGUUGCAAGUUUACAGUUUGAAUAAUAAAAAAAGUUAUUAAUAUUUGUAUUAGUUAACAAUCUUGCACAAGUCUAAACUAAAUAUCUAAUUAUUAUCUCCCUACUUAUAUAUAUGGGCUUAACUAAAUCGACAAUAGUUUUGGGCUUUUCUAAAUAGGCUAAAGACAUAUUUUCUCUCCUAAGAUAAUUAAAGCUAAUUAAGAAGAUAUAACCGAAAUAUUAACUCAUGCUUAGCUUUAUCUCAGCUAGUGAAAAUGUGGGAACCGAAGUUACAUACAGAAUCUUCAAGCGCCUGGCUAUUUAUAACCAGUGCAAAGAAUAUAAAGGGACCUACAAUUAGGUUUGCAACAGACUGACUAAAUAAGUAAUGUGAAGCUCUUAAUCUUGCUAAUGAAACCGAAAACCAAACUUGAAAGUCUCAGUAAUUUUCCACAGACUGAAUCACAAACCAAUCUAUCACUGUCUAAAUGCUUGUUGAGUUAGUAAGGAGAAGAGAAUCUUACAUUCCUUCUUCAGAGACUGAAGUCGAAUCCAAGUUUGUUGUAAAUAUCAGUUUUCUCUUCUUGUUCCAUCAAGAGACAGUCCGCGAAAUACUUCUCUUCACGUGGCAAUUAGUUCGAUGCUCAAGCUGAAUGUUAAACCAAUUUAAGAGAAUCAAUAACUCAACAGCAAGAAACAGAUAGCUAAAAAAACUUCAAAAGUUAAUAAUACCUGGUCAACGAAGUUGUUUAACGAUUAUGUAUGUAGCUUCUUCAACCUUUCGAUCUCUGCAGGUUAAUCACUCAAUUAGAUACAAAGAAUCAAAAUGUUAAUAAGCAGAUCGUAGUUUCUAGCUCACAAUUUAAAUUGGUUCGAGAGUAAAUCUCGAUUCAAUCUCAGCUGACGAUAAUCGCUAUCGAAUACAAUCAGAGAAACCAAAAACUUUGUAUAUUCCGAGAGUAUCGACAAAUUUUACCUCGUCGAUUUGAUCGAUGGUGGAGAGAAGGAAACUCAUCUGCUCGUCGCUUCUUGCCGCCAUGGAUCUGAUUGAGUCUUCAGAGUGUCAAGAAGUAAACUCAUCUGCUCGGAUCAUCUUUAUCGGUUUCAAACCAUAUCCCCCUUUAAUUGAUACGCGAUUAAAAAAGAAAAAAGAAAAAGAAAAUUCUAAAAAAUACGGCAGCGUUUUCCAAUUUUCGUACGCAAUUGAAUAAAAAAAUAAAAAAUAAAAUUUUAAAAAAUUGACCAAUAGAAUUAUAAAUUUUUUUUUGAAAAACUUUAUAUGAUUGUCACGUUAUCAGAAAUUACUAAAAUGACUUCUCUUUUAAUCUAUAGGGAUAAGAAAUUUGUAGAGAAAACAACAAACAGACGCAUCAUCUAUUUCUGAUGGAUUCGUCGAAAGUUGAGACACUAAUCGAUGACUUUCUUGCUUUUUUUAAAUAUGUCCCUUCGUUUCAUUAACUAUUUUCACACUGAUUAAAAAAUUAAUUAAAAUAUAUUUAUGUUAGUAAUAAAUACAUUUAUUUAACUAAUGUUUCUUUUAGAUAAAUAAAAUUAAUUUAAGAUCAAACCAUUUUGUAAUUAAAUAUUAAAUUUAAAUAUGUAUAAAAUGUAUUGGAAAUCUAUAAUAACAUUCUUUGUGGAACUUGAGUUAGAAGGAAGAGUUUUCACUGGGAUAUUUCAAAUUAUUGAGAACUUCACCUAAUUAUAUAUCUCUUACUGUUUUUAAAGGCUUUAUAUCAAACUAUUUUAUUUUCCAUAUUUCAGAAUCCUCAACAAUUUAAGAUAUCCAUCUAAUAAGAUAUUAUAUUUUACUUUCUUAUAUAUGUGAAAUAUCCAAAUGAGAAUCUCUUUCGUGAAAAUGUCCUUAAAAUUUAAAACUAAAUGGAACAAAAUUUUAAAACUAAAUUCGAUGGCUCCUAACUACAGAACCCUUUUAUCUUUUUUGGUGGCUACACAUUAAUAUAUGAUUAUGAGUCAUAUGUAAAUGUUUACUUUUGAAAUUCGAUCGACGCAUGUACCCCUUUUAGACUGUUAAAAUUUAAAACUAAAUGGAACAAAAAAAACUAAUUAAUGGCAUAUGUGAAAGAAAAAAAGUCGAGAGUUUCAAAAGUAGAUUAAGUAACAGUGUGGUCAACCAGGCAUAGAAUAAAUUAUCUAUUUUCUUUACCACAAUACUAAUACUUUGGGAUACAUGUUGUAGUGUUUGUGAAUACGAUUAUAAAAGAAGAUAUGAUAAUCUCUACCAAUAGCGUUCGGACAGUUUGGAUGGACGAAAUUCCGAUCUUUUAAAUUGAAUACAUGAUCGGGUUCUUACACUAGAUAUCGGUAUAGACUUUGUAAGGAAACACCAGGAUAUAGGAUUGAGUUUGUUCCAAUAUCGGACUCUUUCAAAACAUAUUAGUUUCGUGCUACCGCUACGUACCUAACACUUUGAUUCGUUCAGAUGUAAAAAUUAUAUAUAGAUUUAAGCAAAAGAAAUUAUAUAUAGAGAUACAACCACGAUAUAUAUAUAUAUAUAUGUUAACAGUGAAAACCAUUUCUUAAUUUUGGGUACAACAUUUACUUUGCACAUAAUACUUCAUGUUUUUCUCAUCGAAUAUACGAGCAGAUUCAUAUGAAUAUAAAUCGAGAUGGAACGGUCCUUUAAAGAAUUCAGAAAUCGGGAAUCAACAGGGGCAAGCAGAUCAAUCUUCUACUAUAUAUGAAUCUCCUUCUUGUUUCAAAAAAAUGAAUCUCCUUCUUCAACGGAUUUCCAACUCUUAAUCCAGCUAAUCAACUCUUAAUCUUCGUACUUUUAAUUAUUAAUAUAAGCUAUAUUCUAUCAAUUAAUAUGCAGAACAUUAACUAGUUUUGCUUGUUGUUCUCACAAGUUUUGGUUAUUGACCUAACAUCUGCCUUUAAGUCAUGGCAUGUUAUAAUUCAUGAGUACGUAAUCACAUCCCAUGCACGGCUGUCUUUUAUCAUGUGCAAUUAAAGAAUUCACGAUUUUCAUUCAAAAUAUGUAUGUCAGGAAUCAGGAAUGAAAUGAGAUCCAGAAAUUUGGUUUUAAAACUCGGAUAUCUACUAAAUUUAAGAAAGUAACAGAAUCAAAACACAUGUUAUUCAAUAUAAUCCAACCAGUGGUAGUUCGGUGAAAAUCUUUUGGGACUCGGCGUAUAUCCGUAUCAAUCCUCAGUUCGAUUCUGAGAAUUAAAUUAUGGUUACUUAGUCAUUCUGAAUUUAGACAUUGCAGCUUAGAUGGCUAAUAUUUGUAACAUGCGGCCAGUUUACCUCUGAUAUUGAACGGAAAAUACUCAAACUUGAGUCAGACAUGAUGGUACAUUUUCAGGUUAAUCCACUUUAAAACACUUUGUGUUCUUUGUUAACCGUCUGGAUAGUUGAUAGGAUUAUCAAGAAAAUAUAAUCUAAAACUGAUCCAGCAAAUUAGAUUUCGAAUUGAUUAUAAUGUGAGAUCUUGUCAACAUAAAUGGCUAGUGUAGUCAUCAUCCACUCAUUAUUAAUUUACAAUUGAAGUCAUAAAUGAUAAAACUUAAUCCUUUGAUAUUUUAAAUACGUAUAUUAAAUUGAACAUAUCUAACUAGCUAUUUUUAAAGAUUUGUUAACACAUCAAACAUAUUUUUGUUAAACAAUUCGAGCAUACAAAUAAUGUGAGACUAAAUCCUCAACUUUCAUUUCAUAUUAUGUAAAUACAUGCACAGUACAACUUUAUAUUUUCUUUGAUAUUUGAUUAAAUAGUUUUGUAAAUCAAAAUAAUUAGGAAGAUUCGAUAUAUAGUUUGAGAUCUUUUUGGAUCGCUGGUAUCAACAUGCCUUCUACGAUCUAUGUUUAUAGAGCAUUGAUGACCUCAUGCGUCUGAUAUAUUGAUUUCACUUAAUGUUUUAUAUCGAUUUAGUGCAUGAAUUCCAUUUCAUACAAAUACUUAUUUUCAAUGUAGGCACCGCUUUUUUUUUCUAUUGGCAGCUACGGCAUGCAGCCACCGGAAACGGGAAACAUGUCGAUACAAAGAUUUAUUAAUAAUAUGCUCAACUAAUAUGACCACUGUACAAGUGAAGGCCCAACAACUGCAAUGCUAACUUUAAAAAAAAAAAUAACUCUUUUAAAAGAAAAGAAACAUUUUUCUUGAAUAUGUAUAUAUCGUACACAAAGAUAAACGGUGGUCCAAACCGGAAACGGGAAACAUGUCGAUACAAAGAUUUAUUAAUAAUAUGCUCAACUAAUAUGACCACUGUACAAGUGAAGGCCCAACAACUGGAAUACUAACUUUAAAAAAAAACUCUUUAAAAAAAAAAGAAACAUUUUUCUUGAAUAAGUGGACUGCAAAAGCUUUAGAAACUAUUGUUUACGAGUCUUCCUUUCUAAAUAAUUACAUAUAUAUUAUACUAAAACUAUGAGAACACACCUCAUUUUAUGGGAAGUCGACUGAUAUGUUUUGCAUGCAAAUGUACAGAUUGGUCCAGUCAACUAACACAUGCAUGGUGUGCAAUAAAACUAAAUUAAUAAUCUUCUAAAUCGCAUUUCAUCUUCCUUUUUAUAAUAACCCGAAUUCAAAUAACUUAGGCACUAUAUAUCAAUUAUCAAAACUCCAAAAAUAUAUGAAGAAAAGAUCAAAAUUCGAAGGAAAGAAAGAAAGAAAAAGAUAUGAAAGAAACACAAAAGCCAAAGAUAAUAUUCAUCCCUUACCCGGCGCAAGGCCAUGUCACCCCGAUGCUCCACCUCGCAUCGGCCUUCCUCAGCCGUGGCUUCUCCCCUGUGGUUAUGACUCCCGAGUCUAUUCACCGUCGGAUCUCGACGACUAACGAUGAUCUUGGAAUCACGUUCCUGGCCAUAUCUGACGGUCAAGAACGUCCGGAUGCACCUCCCUCGGACUUCUUCUCCAUAGAGAGGUCUAUGGAGAACAUCAUGCCGUCUCAACUCGAACGGAUCCUACUACAAGAAGACGUGGGUGUUGCUUGUGUUGUAGUCGAUUUAUUGGCUUCGUGGGCUAUAAGAGUGGCUGAUCGGUGUGGUGUUCCUGUCGCCGGGUUCUGGCCGGUGAUGUUCGCUGCUUACCGUAUGAUUGAAGCCAUACCGGAGCUCGUACGGACAGGCAUAGUUUCCCGAAAAGGGUUUCCUCGGCAGCCAGGAAAACCAUUACUCCUACCUGAACAACCGCUCCUAUCCGCCGGAGACCUAUUAUGGCUGAUCGGAACUCCCACAGCUCAAAAAGGACGAUUCAAGUUCUGGCAAAGAACGCUAGAACGAGCAAAAAGUCUCCGGUGGAUCUUGGUAAACUCCUUCAAAAACGAAUAUGAAAGUGAAAUCUUUAAUCAAGAUCGAAACCCUCAAAUCCUUUACGUUGGUCCAUUGCAUGACCAAGCAGCAACGAGUGUUAAAACUUUAACCAAAAGCCCUACUUUCUGGGAAGAAGACAGAUCUUGCCUUGGUUGGCUCCAAGAACAGAGGCCAAACUCAGUAAUCUAUAUCUCAUUUGGAAGCUGGGUUUCUCCAAUAGGAGAAUCAAAGAUUCGUACGUUGGCAUUGGCAUUGGAAGCGUCAGGAAGACCUUUUCUUUGGGCACUAAACCGGGUGUGGCAGGAGGGACUGCCACCAGGGUUCGUGCACAGAGUUACCAUAGCGAAGAACCAAGGAAGGAUUGUGCCGUGGGCCCCGCAGACCGAAGUUCUUAAAAACGACUCAGUGGGUUGUUUCGUAACUCAUUGUGGCUGGAACUCGACCAUGGAGGCGGUGGCUAGUUAUCGGAGGCUAGUGUGUUAUCCAGUAGCGGGAGACCAGUUUGUGAACUGUAAAUACAUCGUGGAUGUGUGGAAGAUCGGGGUGAGAAUGAGUGGUUUCGGAGAGAGGGAGGUUGGAGAUGGACUGAGGAAAGUUAUGGAGGAUGAAGAGAUAGGUGACAGAUUGAAGAAGCUGAGAGAUAAAGCAAUGGGGAAUGAAGCACGUUUAUAUUCGGACAAAAUGUUUACUCUAUUUAAGGAUGAGAUAAAGUGACAUGUUUCAAUUUAAUCUAAUGUCUUUUUUGCCAUUAUAUGAAAUGUUAUAAAAAUUGUCACUCAAAAUUUAAACUAAGCAUAAAAAACUUCAUUAAUGAUAUUAUAUAGUAUUUGUCCUAUACUAAUCUUAACAUCCAGUUCUUAGCUUAUAUAAUUGGUCUUCUUAUUUGGUAUUUAAUUAAACAGUUCAUUUCGUUUUGUAAAUAUCAUUAGUUUUUAUUUUAUUUAACCAGCUGCCACCUCACAAACUCUAGUAUAAACAAAAGUUUUGACAUUUUCUUUGACCGCCAAAGAAGACGAAUUGACAAAAUCACGAAGAAAAACGAAUCCUUUUUUGUUUCUUCUGCACAGAAUCUUCAUUUUAGCUUCUUCCUCUGCUUCUCUCUCUUUCUCUUCCCUCUUGAUUUGGGUGAAAUUGAGCUGAGUAUAUAUCUGUCCGCCUAGGUUUCUCUUUUUUUGGUAACUAUCUGAAUUUUCGUUCACUGUUUUAGGGGUUUCAAUCAAGAUCGCUGCUUUGGUGCUAAUUUGGAUUUGGGUAGUUGAAUGAGUGUGAUCUUCGCUUUGGGUUCAUCUAAUUACGUGCGAUUGAGUGGGAAAGUAUCAUCCUUUGUUACGGAUUGUAAACAUUUAAGGUUGAAUCUUAACAUGAUUUGGUUGGUGGGUUUUGGGUUUA